CAUGGGUGCGCUGGCUGUUAUGCAGCUAAGUAUUUACUUAGCUUGACCGAGCUUGACACAGUUUGACUUGACUCGACUACACACCCUUUCCCAAUUUUUCUUUAAAGCUUAAAUGGGGCCAAUAGAAGUUGCAUCAGGAAUUAAGGAACGACAGUUAGGGUUUUCUUAGUGUAUGAAGCAGAUAUGGAGGUUACGAAAAUAAAGAUCGUUUGAGCUUCAAAUUCAAGUUAGUACAUGGUUUGAUCCAACUGAGGUAUAUUCUGGAUUCCCAAGAUUAGAAUCUGUUGAUUUACAUUAUUUACUGUUCAAGAGAUGAAUCCAAUUUCUACUUGCAUGAAUCCUCAUGAGAAUCCAUCAUCACUCUCUCUUGUAGUUAGCAGUGUCGAUAUCUUGAUACAGAUUUUGUCGCGUUUACCGAUUAAAAUUCUGCUUGAGUUCAAACUCGUGUCCAAAAAAUGGCGUUCCAUUAUAUCUGAUCCAUUUUUUGCUAGGGAACAUUGUCAUCAAUACCCACAUUCAGUCAAUGGACUAAUUUUACAUACAAAUCAACCGAAACUGGAAUUCGUUUCGCUAGAUGGGUCCUCCUCAUCCGCUGCCCCUUUUGAAACCCUAGAUUUUAUUCAGGAUCCCAAAGGUAUAAGAAUUGAACAAUCUUGCAAUGGUCUUAUGUGUUGUAGCAGCAUUAGAGCCAGUUUCUUGGAGCGCACCUAUUACGUUUUCAAUCCAUUUGCAAAACAAUUUCGGUCUAUUGUGAGUGGAUCUCAGGGAAAGGAAAAGGGUUUUGUUGUGUUUUCUAGUGUCAGCUUGGCUUAUGAUCCACGCAAUUCACCCCACUACAAAGUUGUUUGCAUUUGGUUCACUAAACAACCCGAAGAUUCUGAUACCAAUGUGGAUCUUCAAUUGGAGAUAUACUCAUCUGAAACUGCUACUUGGAAGCUUUCUGGAGAUGUUUUUUCUGCACCUCGUCGUAGCUUCCUCUAUAAAAGUGGAGUAUUCUGGAAAGGUUCGUUGCACUGGAUUGACCCAUCGAUAGAAGGGAAUUCUUUUUGUUUCAAUGUUGAUCAAGAAUUAAGAAUGAAAAUGCCAGACUACCGUUCUGUUCCUAGUGUAGAGGAUAAAAUGAUGGUUAAAUUCUUCGGGGAGUGUAGGGGUCACUUGCAUCUAAUUGUCAGUCCUGCUUCACUUUCUAGUUUUGAAGUCUUGGAAAUGGAGACGGACUACAUGGGAUGGAAUGUAAAAUAUCACGUUUCUCCCCAAGAAUUGAUAAUUUUGUAUCCACGGCCCCCUGCCUUUGAUGUAUUGCUGGUAGAGGAAGUAGAAUGCAAUUCGUCUAAGGUGGUUUUACUAAUCCAAGAUAAAGUUUUUUCUUAUGAUAUACAGGACAAGAGCUUCAAGGAAAUUCAUAGACUGGCACCAGGUCAUUCAAACCAGUUUGGUCGAUCUAAUUUUUCUUUUCAGUACAUUCAGACACUCGCUUGUGUUUGAUUGUUUAUUUUCAGGCUUAGGGGUGUUCCCUAUAUUAUGUUUUUAUCUCGUACGAAUUAGAGAAGGUGCUUGUUGAACUUUACGUGCAGGGGUGCUAUUUCCUGAUUAACCUUGUACUCUUUGCGAAUAUUGUAUUGCUUUUAAGGUUGCAAAGAAAUGUUCAGAAAUUGGUACACUGAUGGUUGUUGUUGAUGUGAACAAGCACAUCUAGUUAUUUGUUCUGUGUGAAUUUUAUCUUUUGCUUACUA